AUGUCAAAAGUAAAUAAAGUUAUCGCAAAGGUAAAGAAGUUUAGACCAUCUCAUCUUAGUCCUGUAAAGAAAGAUAAGGAGGGGAAAUAUUUAGUAUGCGGUUCUAAACCAUCUGUAUUUUUUAAAUCAUUUGGUGUAAUUAUUUUAUUAUGGAUAUUCAUUGUUGGAUUAUUCUGUGCAUUACUUUAUGGUUUAAUGGAUGAUGCUAAAAGAUUAAGAGGACCACAACCAACAUAA